UUUGAGGAAGAAGGUAAACGCUGUGAAAUAGGAUAAAAAGCAAGUAAAGCAUAUGAAAUUUAUGGAGUAUUUCCAAAUACUGACUGGGUGUUGAUCGUAAUCGAUUGAAGUCAAACACUGAAGGAGUUAAUGGUUCUCCUUUGGGCUGAGGGAAUAAAACUGACAUGUUCUUGUUUGGUAAGGAUACAUUGACACGUAUCCAAAGGCGAGCCACGAAAUCAGUUCGGGGACUGAAAUUCAAACAUGGCAAAGAACGGAUCAAAUUACCGACUUACAAAAUCCUAAACACUUCUUAUCACAUAAGUUCAGGUCCAACACAAAUUUUAGGGGUGGCACGCAGAAAUCAAAAACAAAACAGAGAAAACUAGAUAACAAUCACACCUUUUACUCUUUGUGAGUAGUCAAAUCCUUGAAUUCUCUGCCAGUUAAGGUGGUCUAAGCCAUUUCCCAGGAGUCCUACAAGAAAAAGCUUGACAUAUUCUUAAGGACUAAAGACGAUAUUUCACAAUGAUUUACUAAUAUUUAUUUUUUCAUCAAUAAAUAUACCAAGGUUCUUACUUAGAGAAAUCAGUGAUCCACUAAUAACAGAUACAGAAGUUCGUUAAACGAAAGUUGCUUUUAUUCCGUCCACAAUCAUUUGCCCAUUUAACUCAAGGUCGUCCGGGGCAAAAUAUCAGACAAAUUUGAUCGUCUAACUUCAUGUUUAACUUCGAAUCAUUUAAGCCUUUGAACUGAAAUAGAAUGGCUCGUAUUGAACUCAUACGUAGAUUGCGAUUAUUCACAGUUUUACAUCGAAUGUCAGAUUAUGAGAAUCGAUUUGGUACAACCAAACUAAUGAUGCCAGUUGUUUCACGUCCUGCUUCAUUUUUUUCUUUCAUCAAGUCGAAGCUUAAUGAAGCUGCCUCUAGUCAGUCUAAAGACUCUCAGAGUGUACCAAAUGACAGUGAGUGGUUGGAUGCAGUCCAAGAAGUUGAAAAAUCGGAAUUGUCACAUUGGAAAGGAUCUGAUACUAGUAUGACUAGGACAGAACUCCGAAAAUGGAAGAAACGUACAUUCCUUCAUAUUUUAGAAAUGUUUAUUCAACGAUCAGGACCAAGUCGUAAAGGAUUCACUUCGUUCAUUGAAAAUGCACUAACUAAAAUGCCUGAAUAUGAAGUGGUUGAUGAUUUAGAUUGUUAUAAAGCAGUAAUUCGUUUAUUUCCUACUGGACGAAUGGUUGUGAAACGUUUCUUACAAGCUGAUUUUGGUCAUUUUCCAAAACAACAACAAGUUAUGAUUGACAUAUUAAGUCAAAUGUCAAGAUAUCACGUCUUGCCAGAUGAUGAAGUUGGCCAAAUGAUUAUCGACGUUUUCGGUUGGCGUAAUCAUGCUAUGAAUGCUUAUCGUCGUCUAAUGUAUUGGAUGCCUAAAUUGUAUUAUAGUAAUCCAUGGACAUUACCACUUCGUAUCGUUGAUGAUCUUGAUUUAGAUCCCAUUAAAUUGGGCUGUUUAAUUGCUGAAAGAAUAUGCCCCGAUCGGAUGACAGAAUUCACUGUUGUACAGAUGUCUUCAUCUAAUCCUGAUAGACCAGAUUCACUUAUCAGUGCUCAAAGUCCUGAACAGCGUGCAUUACUAGCAUAUUGUACCAAUAAACAAAUUCACAAUGAUCAAAUUAAUAAUACUCAAUGUACAAAACCAACGAUUUAUUUAGAUGGACCACAUUAUGUAUGGUUUAGAAAUUUACAAGCUGCUUAUUACACCUUAUGGACAGAGAUCGAUGCUGAUCGAUUAAAAAAAGAAAUUAAUUCAGUGAAAGUUAACCAAGUGCCAAAGCAUAGUGCAGACGAACCGUAUAAUCUUUCAUUCUUCAACUAUUCUAAUGAUAGUUCAAAUAUAGUACUGAAUAGUUCCAAUUCCCAAAAUGCGAAUCGCUCACUUUUUCCACAUAUGAGUCUUCUUCCUACAGUGAGUUCAGUUGGUACUGAAUUGCACCAUUGUAAUGAAGAUAAUGUCUUUACAAGAUUUAUAAGUAAGUGUGAACCAGAAUUCGAUAAACGUUGGCUUUCAAUUCGUCAAAGUCAUGUCUAUAAAUAUUUACCAUCCAAUCUAUGUCAACAUGAACAAGGUGAGGGUACAAUACUUGCUGUUGGAGUUGUUGUACCUAAACCAGAUGCUUUGGAUAAUCAGAAAAAGUUAUAUGAUUGGGAAGUUUCUAACAGAAUUCAUCAUACAGAUUCAAAAGAUUGUAAACAACGAAAUCAAAAAGAAAGAUACAAUUUACCACAAAUCCCAUCACCUGCAUCUUCCGCACUUAUUCGACUUUGGUUAAGUGAGCUGCACGCUAAAAAUCCUUUCUUUGAUGAUGCCGCAUUAGUUAUUCGAGUUCCAAUGAAUAUUGAUCAGGGUCAAAAAUCUGGAAAUAAUAGUCGUACUGAUGAUGAUUUACAUUUAGAGAAUCAAGAUAAGGAUAUUGAGUAUGAAUCGUAUAAUUAACGGACACAUUACAUUGUGUAAAUAAAUUGCUUGUGUUUUGAGUAAACAAUAGUAAUAAUGUUAAUUAAAAUGUACAUAUAAACCUCAAUGUUGAUUAUCAGUUUUAUCAACUUAAGUAUGGACUAUUUUCUAUGUAUUAGUGGAAUCAUUGUUAAAGCAUAUGCUUUUUCCUCAUGUAUUUUACACAUAAUACGUAUCCCUACCUGUUAGAGUAACAAUUAUUAAUCACAAGUGGGGACUGUGAUUUUGUGAUUAUUCGAUAUCUUAAUGAAUGUAUCUUAGUUUAAUUUAUCCAUAGUUUUGCAUUAAAAAACCAAUUGAUACUUUGUAAUUUGUCGUACUAAUCGAUCUUAAGUUUUACUGAAAUAUACAAUCAAGAUUAAAUAAUGUUGAAAGACAGUCUCGCCUCGUGAUAGUCAUCUGAAAAACGUUAGUUUAUACUUCGAAUCUGCAAAUCAUAAACCUAUACUUUAUAGUAAAUGCAAACAAGACAAAAAGUAGCAAUUGAAAUUUGACCAAGAGAAUGCUAAGUACGUUGAUCCAUUGGGACAUACAAGCCCGUGAUUGACCAGUUAGUCACUGAUAAGCAAAAGUAGUUGUUGAGAUAGGAUCGGUUGACGUUGGAUAAGUAUUGUUUGGCAGAAUAUAAGCAGUCAGAUGAAAUUCCUGGCCAACCUCAGAUCUUAAAGAACUUUGGAUGGACGAAUGUCCCUAUUUUAAAUUCUGAAAAUAG